CGGGCUCUCCUCCUCGAUGCCUACAGGCACGGCGCCGCCGCCGCCGCCCCCACGCGCGGCCGCACGGCCGAUCUUCUUCCCCGACCCCGACCCUUUGCAAUUCUGUCUCCUUCCCCUCUCCAUCUGCCCAAAUCUUCUCCUGCGCCACCCUGAGCCUUCUCGGUCUCCAACCUCCUGCAAUCUUCAAGCCCGCCGGCACCCAAUCCGCCUACAAUCUUCAAGCCCGCCGGCACCAAAAGCAACCAGCGGUCGAUUCGAGUGACCCCCGCUAGGAAUCCAUGGGAUUUGAGGUGGAUUUCCUAGGAGAGCGAGUAGGAAGGGUGAUGGUGGGGUUCAUGGGGAAGAUGAAGAAGCAGAAGGUGAUCCACGGCCCGCACGCGACGCCGAGCCACCACGGGCCUCCUCCCCUGCCGCUCGCCGCCAUGCCGGGACGGCGUACUGGGCCUUGCCGGAAGCCGAGGACAAGCGAGACAAUGGCCAUCCACCCUGGGCCAAGGACAAGCACAGAGCGACCAGCGGCGAUAACUAUGCUCGGGCAGAUGGAUCCCGCCGCGGCGGAGUUCGAGGAGAACAGUAGCUGUGAUGACUCAACAAGAUGGAAGUGCGGGACAAGGGAGAGUGCAAUCGGCUCAGGUAAACUCCUCCUGUACACCGUCUGGCAUCAGUUCCAGUUGCGCCCGAAGCUUUCAAUCUCGCUGCUCCACUUAGUUCGCCGAAACACUGUCGGCAUGUGCUCCAUCCAAGGAACGCCAUCGUCCAAUUCUAUCAUCAGUUUUGAACUUUAAACUAAUGACUAAUGGGUCGGAGUGGCCAGGCCUGAAAGUUCAAGGAAGAUUCAGCUUACAUCUGAAUUCCUUUGUAUUGCCUACAAUGUUAUAGCUUAAAUUCUGCUAAUAAAUUUCUAUCAACGAUGUUCCAAACAAUUUCUUAGAGAUGGGUUGUGCACAAGGAUGCACAUUGUAGAUCUGUUAACUUAAGUUUUGAAUAAUGAGAUAUGUUCAUAUGCUUUGCUCA